GACAUUCACUUCCGGAAAGAUGAAGAAAAUGUAUCCAAGAAUUAGGGAGUGUUUGACAGACUUUAUGAACCAUUUGGAGAGCUUUGCUAUCAAUGAAAAAGAGAUGAAUGCAAAGGAUAUGUACGGGAACUACACUAUGGAUGUGAUCGCCACGUGUGCCUUUGCCACGAAAACUGGUGCACAUAAUACACUGGACAGUCCUUUCGUAGUGAUGGCCCGAUCAGUAUUCAAUGUACAUCCUCUGCGACAGAUCUUAAACUUUAUUUGUCCUAUAUUUCUGUUGAAAUUAAUUACGCCGACAAAUACCAGAAAUUUCUUUAUUGACAACACAAGAGAAAUAAUUCAAGAAAGACGUAAAAGUAAUAAAAAAUACAACGAUUUCCUGCAACUACUUAUGGAUGUGGAAAGGGAUAGGGAUAACAGUAGAGAUGAGAAUGAUAUCAAUGAAUCACAUCAUGUGAAUGAAGGAGAGGAAGAGUUGGUGGCCGAGAGGAAGGCAUUGAAUAUAAGUUUGGAUAACAAGAGGCUAACAGAGGAUGAAAUCCUGGCGCAGGCGUUUGUCUUCUUUUUGGCCGGAUUUGAGACGACGGCCACUACUCUGACGUUCUGUACGUAUGAAUUGGCUCUCAAUCCACACAUUCAGAGACACUCUUAGAAGAAGUCAAUUCUGAGAGAUCAGUUAUGAAGAGUUGGCUCGACUGCCAUAUUUAGAUGCCAUCCUCUCAGAGACACUACGUCUUCAUCCGCCGGCCCUAAGACUGCAUCGAAUGGCUUCAACUGACUAUAAAUUAGGGACAACAGGUCUGACGCUAUCUAAGGGACAAACCGUACAAAUUCCUGUCUAUGGGAUUCAUACUGAAGAAGAAUAUCAUCCAAACCCAUUCAAAUUUAACCCUGAUAGAUUUAUGCCUGAGAAUAGAGAUAACAUCAUUCCUUACACAUACCUACCCUUUGGUGCCGGUCCUCGCAAUUGCAUUGGUAUGAGGUUUGCAUUACUCGAAGCAAAGUUAUGUUUGGCUCAUAUUAUCAGGAAAUAUCGUUUCACCAAAACUCCUAAUACAGACGUUCCCCUCCAAUACAAGCUAACAUUUCAGGUGAACACUCCGAAGAGAGUUAUGGUCGGCAUUCAAAAGAGAAAUUGAUUUAAAAUUUGAGAAAUAAAUGUUUAAUUUAAUUAUAAUAAACUAUUAAGAAUAAAAGUUAUAAAACUUUGAUCAAAAUACAUAUUAUAAAAUUAUUAUAUUGGAUACU